CCCUCUUUCCAUCUCCUGCUGCCCGCCGGCCACCCCGAGGCCAGAUCGUAGACGCCCGUGGCCCGGGGCUCGGGCCCGUCCCGGCCCUCGAGGGAGCCGCCACCUCCACCACUGCCUCUGCAGCCACCGCGCCAGAGGCCGCCCGGGCGGGCCCCGGCGUGAGCAUCAGGCGCCCCCCCGCCGGAGUGCACGACCCUCGGAGCCGCCCUCUACACGGACCGCGCCCGCUGGGCACACAAGAAUGGUCACUAUACUCGGGGCCAUGGAGUCUCAGGUGGCGGGGGGCCCGGCAGGCCCGGCCCUGCCCAACGGGCCACUCCUUGGUACAAACGGAGCCACUGAUGACAGCAAGACCAACCUCAUUGUCAACUACCUGCCCCAGAACAUGACCCAGGACGAGUUCAAGAGUCUCUUUGGCAGCAUUGGUGACAUCGAGUCCUGCAAGUUGGUGCGGGACAAGAUCACAGGGCAGAGCCUCGGCUAUGGGUUUGUGAACUACUCUGACCCCAAUGAUGCUGACAAAGCCAUCAACACCCUCAAUGGCCUCAAACUGCAGACCAAGACCAUCAAGGUGUCCUAUGCCAGACCCAGUUCUGCAUCCAUCCGGGAUGCCAACCUCUACGUCAGCGGGCUCCCCAAGACCAUGAGCCAGAAGGAGAUGGAGCAGUUGUUCUCACAGUACGGUCGCAUCAUCACCUCGCGCAUCCUGGUGGACCAGGUCACAGGCGUGUCGCGGGGUGUGGGGUUCAUCCGCUUUGACAAGAGGAUCGAGGCCGAAGAGGCCAUCAAAGGACUGAAUGGGCAGAAGCCACUGGGUGCGGCCGAGCCCAUCACGGUCAAGUUUGCCAACAACCCGAGUCAGAAGACAGGGCAGGCCCUGCUCACUCACCUCUACCAGUCGUCCGCCCGGCGCUAUGCUGGCCCCCUGCACCACCAGACGCAGCGCUUUCGGCUGGACAAUCUACUCAACAUGGCCUACGGAGUCAAGAGGUUCUCGCCCAUCGCCAUCGAUGGCAUGAGCGGCCUCGCGGGCGUGGGCCUGUCGGGCGGGGCGGCCGGCGCCGGCUGGUGCAUCUUCGUGUACAACCUGUCCCCCGAGGCGGACGAGAGCGUGCUGUGGCAGCUGUUCGGGCCCUUCGGGGCGGUCACCAACGUCAAGGUCAUCCGCGACUUCACCACAAACAAGUGCAAGGGCUUCGGCUUUGUCACCAUGACCAACUACGACGAGGCGGCCAUGGCCAUCGCCAGCCUCAACGGCUACCGCCUGGGCGAGCGCGUGCUGCAGGUCUCCUUCAAGACCAGCAAACAGCACAAGGCCUGAGCCGCCGCCCGCCCUUCCCACCCCUCCCUGGGCAGCAGAGAGAGAGAGAGAGAGAGAAAGGAGGGGCCCGAGAGAGACAGCAGACAGACCACGGACGCACGAGGCCCCACGUCCCUGCAGAAGCCACAGGGGUGAGCACUCAGGGACGGGAGGGUCUACCGGGAAUGGGGGUGCCUGGGAUCCCCCACUCCAUCUCCUGCCCCCAACCCAGGCUGGGCUGUUCACUCUCUCGUCUUGGUUUUGUUCAUGGCGAAGGUUUUUGUUUCUUUUUUCGGCUAAAAAGAAAGCAGAGAUGUGCCCUCCACGCCACUGCUCAAGCACCCUCCAUGGGUGGUUUGGGAGGUACUGGGGGUUCUCCCCCAGGACCCCUUGUCCAGGACCCCUAAACAUUUCAGAGGGCCUGAAAGGGGAACAGGUUUUAAAAUCCCCAACAAAGAGAAAAGUGAGGAGGGGUGGGCACACAGGCCCAGAGCCCCUUGGUGGAGCUUGGGGAGAAUGGGAGGGGCUGGAAGCAGAAACAAAAUGGAAAAAAAAGGGGGGGUGGGAGGGAAAGAAAAACUCUAUUUUUGUAAAAAGGGAAAAAGACCUCGUGGAGAAUUUUUACUGGGGAUUCUUGAACUUGAAAA